AUGUCCAAAGGGGGGAACCAUUUGCUGGACCUCAUGAGCACUCUGAAUAGCGAGCCCCUGCUCGAGACCCCUCGCAGUGAUGCCACAGCAGAAAUAUAUGAUGACAUCUCCAUACUUGAGACACCCCACACAGAGUCGCCUGGCCCUGUCAACUACAUGGCCUUCACCAUGGCAUGCUCUGACAAACAGGCACCCACCAUCAGCAAUCACCACUUAGAUCAUAUAGCAUUCGCAACCACUGUGAUGGCUGGUGCUGCUCUCAUUGCAAGCAGACAGCAGAUGUGCAGUGCCAAUGGCAUCCUGCUAGAGCCACUCUCCCUCAAUGAGGCCAAGACUUGUGAUGACUGGUACAAAUGGCAGGAAGCCAUGGUCAGUGAGAUGAACAGCAUGUGCAAGAUGAAUGUCUUCGAACUGGUCGAUGUUCCAAAGAAUGGCAAACUAAUUGGCAUUCGAUGGGUUUACAAACUCAAGCUCGAUGCACAACAAUGA